UGUUCUUCUUCACCAAUCCCGAUGAACGACUCACAUCUGCAGUUUCUUAAAGGACAGAAAUCUGUAAACAGCACUUCUUUGCCUCCUAAUGGCAGUUUGGCUGAUUCUCCAGCAGGGACGCUGUGUGAGCAGGUCCAGAUCCAGGCGGAGGUUUUUCUCACCCUGGGCAUCGUGAGUCUACUGGAGAACAUCCUUGUCAUCUCGGCUGUGGUGAAGAACAAGAACCUUCACUCUCCUAUGUACUUUUUCCUUUGCAGCCUGGCUGCUGCAGACAUGCUGGUGAGUGUGUCCAACUCUUUGGAAACUAUUGUCAUUGCAGUACUAAACAGUCGCCUUGUGGUGGCCAGUGACCAAUUUGUGCGUUUGAUGGACAAUGUGUGUGACUCAAUGAUCUGCAUCUCUCUUGUGGCAUCCAUCUGCAACCUCUUAGCAAUUGCCGUUGACCGAUAUGUCACGAUAUUCUACGCCUUGCGCUACCACAGCAUCGUGACCGUACGCAGAGCUCUGGUGGCCAUCGCCGUGAUCUGGCUGGUGUGUGUAGUUUGUGGGAUCGUCUUCAUUGUGUACUCUGAAAGCAAGACCGUUAUCGUGUGUCUGAUCACCAUGUUCUUUGCCAUGCUAGUGCUUAUGGCGACUCUCUACGUACACAUGUUUCUUCUCGCCAGACUUCACGUCCAGAGAAUUGCAGCAUUGCCCCCGGCGGCUCCUGGUGCUGGAAAUCCAGCUCCACGUCAGCGUAGCUGCAUGAAGGGAGCCGUCACCAUCUCCAUCCUCCUCGGGGUGUUUGUGUGCUGCUGGGCACCGUUUUUCCUCCACCUCAUUCUACUGGUGUCCUGUCCUCACCAUCCGCUCUGCCUCUGCUACAUGUCUCACUUCACCACAUACCUGGUUCUCAUUAUGUGCAACUCUGUGAUUGACCCGCUCAUCUAUGCCUGCCGCAGCCUGGAAAUGAGGAAGACCUUUAAGGAGAUACUCUGCUGUUUUGGCUGCCAGCCUGCACUUUAGGUGUUAAUAAAACGUCUGAUUUGAACUGAGAAUGGAUGUGGGAAG